AUGAGCAUGGCGAUCUGCAGCAGAAUCGACAGGCUCGCGAACGCCUCCGCUUUCGUCGCCGACACCGGCGGAGCUGGCGCGCCCGCCAUGGCGGAAGAUAGGCUGGCGGAGGCGACGGCGGAAGCGGAAGGGGCAGCGGGGGGGUUCGAGCUGGGUCUCGUCCCUCCCCCGCCUGACCACGGCGAAGAGGAGGCGCGGAAAAAGGAGGUAAUUAAAGCCGUCCUUAGGCCCGGAUCGGGCAAGAUCCAAGCUAAGAAGGAGCGGCGACUAGGGAGAAUACCGAGCAUAGUCUUUGAGCAGGAGGAUGGUCACCUGGGCGGGCGAAAACGGAUUGUGUCUGUCGAUCGCAAGCAGAUCGGACGGCUGGUGAAGAAGUUCGGGCGGCCGUUCUUCGUGUCGCAGGUUUUCGACCUCGAGAUUGCCGCGGAGGGCGCGGAAGUCGCGGAGGGCGCGGAAGCGGCGGAAGGGGAGGCGGAAGGAUCAACGGUAGAGGGCGCUCGUAUGAGAGUGAUUCCGAAGCUGGUGCACUGGCAUGGAGGCACGGACGAGAUUCUUAACGUGACUUUUCUCAGCUGCCCGAACGUGAAAGCGCACGAGUUAAAGUGCCCGUGCCUUUGGUUUUCGUGGGUGAGGAUGCCUGCCCAGGCAUUAAAAAAG